AUGCAAACCCCUCUCAUACUGCCUUACGUGCAGUGGAAGAGCUGGAGAGAACGGAUUCGAAAUUUUACUCCAGCGUGGCAUGCGGUCAUCAUGGGUACUGGUGUCGUUUCUGCUCUCCUGCACAACUUUCCAUACGGUUCGGACAGGGAGCCUCUUCGCGUUGCGGCUGCCUCCUUCUUCCUCUUGAACUUAGUCCUUUUUGUGUUUGUUUGUGCCUGCACCGUCGCGCGGUACUUCGUGUUUCCACAGACUUGGCCCCUCAUGCUUGCGCAUCCUUCUCAGAGUCUUUUCCUUGGUUGUUUUCCAAUGGGUGUAACCACUCUGAUCAACGCUGGCCUGAAUCUGCACCAAGAUUGGGGUUUCGGAGGAAAUGGGUUUCUGUACUUCCUCUGGGGCUGCUGGUGGCUCGACUCUGCCAUAUCCUACCUCACAGCGUUUGGAAUGCUCUACGUAAUGUCCGUCCGACAGGAACACUCGACGACCAAUAUGGCAGCUGUCUGGCUUCUGCCAUUCGUUACUCUUGUCGUCGCGUCAUCUACCGGCGGUCUCCUUGCGAAUGCACUUCGGUCCCAUUCUACAACACUGGCCCUGCUCACCGUAGGGAUCGAUUUCGUCAUGGUCUCGACAGGUCUUUCAUUUGCACUCAUGAUCAUCACCGUCUACCUUCUCCGCCUGAUCCUUCAUGGAAUCCCUGACCGUUCACUCAUCCUGUCAGCUUUCAUUAUCAUUGGGCCACUCGGACAAGGCGGAUACUCUCUCCUAGUCAAUGGGCAGAGUCUCUCAGAGCUUCUGCCAUUGCAUAACUUCGGCAAUUUUCCUGAGGCACCGCUUGCAGGGCAAAUACUAUUUGCAAGUUGUUUUUGCGGCGCCUACGUUCUGUGGUCCAUGGGCGUUGCAUGGAUCUUGGUCGCCUGCUCGUCAGUGUUUUACGUUGUGCAGCGCGGGGCUGUGCCGUUCUCUUUGGGUUAUUGGGGUCUUGUCUUCCCCAACGGCGUCUUUGCUCUGCUGUCAGUGGAGCUCGGCGUUAUCCUCAAUAGUCCAUUCUUCCACGCCUUUGGAACGCUUUGGUCAGUUGUGGCUUUUGCCCUCUGGCUGUUUAUCUUUUUGCGGAGCGUUCCGUCGUUCAUAGAUGGAUCGAUGUUCCUGGCACCUUGCCUCAAGAACAAUACCAUCGCGAUGAUUUCUGUUGAUGAAGAGAGCAAGGUUAUCGACUGA